AUUACGAACCUCUUGCAUUGCCCUCACAAACGAUUCGCUAGUUUCAGUUCUAGUCCGACCCUUGCUUAAAUAGACAUCAAGCAAAUGGGCUCAGCUAUCACUUCCCCUCACCCUUUCAAUCCAUCAUGACCAUUCACCACAUAGUCCUGUACAAGUUUAAGUCCGAGGUGACCCCAGAACAGAAACAGAGCGUGAGGGACAGCGUCAGCGCCCUUCAGUCGCAGAUACCUGCAAUCCAAAGCAUCAUCACUGGUGAAACGGUGUACAACCGUCUCGGACACGGCUUCGACGAAGGGGUGAUUUUCCUGUUCGAGAAUGAAGCCAAGUUGAACGAGUAUCGCUCACACAAGGCGCAUAUUGAUUAUCAGGAGGUAGCGAAACCUUUGACCGAAGGUCUACUCAUUUUUGAUAUCGAGUCAUCCGCCUAGAGAGGAAACUAGUUUGAUAGGAUGUUGUGCAGGUGAUGGCUAGAGAUGCUGCUGUGUAUGAAUUGCCUUCGGAUCGCGGCCCUUGAAGUGAAGAAUCUCAAUACGAUGCUACUUCGCAGGUAUCUGAAUCAACUGAAUCACCUUUCAAUCCAUUC